AUGCUAAAAUUACCAAAAUGUGCAUGUGUGCUAAAGCAUUGCUGCUAUAUUCUGUUCGUUUCCGUAAUUAUGCGAGUUGAGGCCGAGGCUCCAAUCAACUCCUACUUACCGCCUGCUCAUGGUCAUGGUCACGGUGGAGAAGGUGGGCAUCAUGAUGAUCACCAUACAGACUUAGUACCACCAUCCAGCAGUUACGGAACACCCGAUUCGAGUUACGGUCCGCCUCAUCACCAGUCUGGUUUUCAUCCGGAUCAUCACGAGUACGAGGACCAUCACGAUCACCAUGAUAACCACGAUGAUAGUGGAUCCUUUGAAGAUGAACCGGCUAAGUAUGAAUUUAGCUACGAAGUAGAUGACGAAGACGCGGAUCUGUCUUUCGGGCAUGAAGAAAUGCGUGAUGGAGAUUACACCACUGGAAAAUAUAACGUAUUGCUUCCUGAUGGCCGUCGGCAGAUUGUAGAGUAUGAGGCGGAUCAUAAGGGAUAUAGGCCGAAGAUAACGUACGAAGGAGGUGAUGAACAUCCACAUCACCAUGACCAUCCUCAUGAACAUGGACACGAUCAUGGACAUGGAGGAUAUUCAAAGGAAACUCCACACACUCAACUGGGCUAUCCUAGGGAAUCGCAUCAUGAUUUUGAGCACAAUGGUAUUGCGCACGGUUCGAACGAGUACGAUUCACAUGGGCACGAUAACGGACAUAGCCGAGCUGAUCACGGAAUUCACGAUGGGCAUCGAGGUUAUGACAGCAAUGCACACGAUAACCAUGGCAACGGGCACGGCCAUGGACACGGGCACGGACAUAACGGACACAACGGUCAUAACGGUCAUCACCAUAAUGGCCAUAAUGGUCAUCAUCGCAGAAGAAGCAGUAACGCAUACAACCAUCAACACCCGUCAAAUCACCACAGUAAUGAUAAUCAUCGUCACAAUGGAUACCACUAA